GUGAAAAAGAAAAAGAAAAAACUGCUCCGCAUCUUGCCCGUUGAGCUUCGCUUGCUUCCGAUCUAAACCCUCGUCGCCCCCCGCCGCGCCGCCGCCGGAGCUCGCCACGCGAUGGGCGCGCUAGGGUUUUGGCGCCGGCGGGUGCUGCUGCCGGCGGUGUUGUUGCUCGCCGCGGCGGUGGAGGCGCGGUUCGUGGUGGAGAAGAACAGCCUGAUGGUAACGUCGCCGACGUCCCUGCGGGGGCGGCGCGACAGCGCCAUCGGCAACUUCGGCAUCCCGCAGUACGGUGGGAGCAUGGCGGGCGCCGUCGUCUACCCCAAGGACAACGCCGACGCCUGCGACGCCUUCGACGGCAAGCACCCCUUCCGCGCCAAGCCCGGCGCGCUGCCCGCCUUCCUCCUCGUCGACCGCGGGAAUUGCCUAUUUGCUAGGAAGGUUUGGAAUGCGCAAAAUGCUGGUGCCUCAGCAGUGCUUGUAGUUGAUGACAAGGAUGAGCCACUGAUAACAAUGGAUUUACCUCGCGAAGAUGAUGAGGCUGCAAAGUAUAUACAGAACAUAACCAUUCCUUCUGCGCUAAUAGAUAAAAAAUUUGGUGAGCAGUUGAAGAAGGCUGUUAAAGAUGGUGAAAUGGUUAAUGUUAAUCUUGAUUGGAGGGAGGCUGUUCCGCAUCCAGAUGAUCGGGUCGAGUAUGAGUUAUGGACAAAUAGCAACGAUGAAUGUGGCCCUAAAUGUGAUAUGUUGAUGAAUUUCCUCAAGGAAUUUAAAGGAGCUGCCCAACUUCUUGAAAAAGGCGGCUAUAGUCAAUUCACACCCCAUUAUAUUACUUGGUACUGCCCUCAAGCAUUUGUGAUCAGUAAACAAUGCAAAUCCCAAUGUAUAAACCAUGGUAGGUACUGUGCACCUGAUCCAGAGCAGGAUUUUAGCACUGGCUAUGAAGGAAAGGAUGUGGUGGUAGAAAACCUCAGACAGUUAUGUGUGUUUAAAGUUGCAAGUGAAAGCAAAAAACCGUGGGUCUGGUGGGAUUAUGUGACUGAUUUUCACAUCAGGUGCCCGAUGAAGGAGAAGAAAUAUAACAAAAAGUGUGCAGAAACUGUCAUCAAAUCACUAGGUCUUGAUGUGAAGAAGGUGGAUAAGUGUAUGGGAGAUCCAAAUGCUGAUUCGGAUCACCCAUUGCUUAAAAUGGAGCAGGAUGCUCAGAUUGGGAAAGGUUCAAGAGGAGAUGUUACUAUAUUGCCUACUCUUGUUGUGAACAAUCGGCAAUAUCGAGGGAAGCUCGAGAGGAAAGCUGUCCUCAAAGCUAUUUGUGCUGGUUUUGAGGAAACUACUGAACCGAAUGUUUGUCUGAGUGAUGAUAUUGAAACCAAUGAGUGUCUGAAUGACAAUGGGGGCUGCUGGCAAGACAAAGCUGCUAAUGUGACAGCCUGCAGGGACACUUUCCGUGGCAGAGUGUGCGAAUGCCCCACAUUCAAUGGUGUGCAGUUUAAUGGUGAUGGCUACAGCAAUUGUGAACCUGCUGGGCCAGGAAAAUGCUUGAUAAAUCAUGGUGGGUGUUGGCAUGAAACUCGUAAUGGAAAAACAUUCUCUGCUUGUCAGGAAUCUGGAGAUGGGAAAUGCCAGUGCCCAGCUGGUUUCCGAGGGGAUGGUGUUAAAAAAUGUGAAGACAUUGAUGAGUGCAAGGAGAAAAAAGCUUGUCAGUGUCCUGAAUGCAACUGUAGAGAUAUAUGGGGUGGCUAUGAAUGCACUUGCAGUGGAGACCUUUUGUAUAUCAGAGAGCACGACACUUGCAUAAGCAAGACAGCAGUUCAGGCUAAAGCAGCGUGGGCUGCAGUGUGGGGUAUCUUGAUAGUCUUGGUUGUUGUGGCAGCAGGGAGUUAUAUUGUAUACAAGUACAGAUUAAGGUCAUACAUGGACUCAGAGAUCAGAGCUAUCAUGGCGCAAUACAUGCCACUGGACAAUCAAGGAGACGUCCCAAAUCACACACACGAAGAUCAUUCAUAGAAGGUCUGUUUAAAUGCACAUAUCAUUCAAUGUCAGGCCCAUAUGGCCUGACUGACACCAAGGCAGAAAUGUAAUGUUUGAACAGUGAUGAGGUAGAUGAAAUGAUAAUGCAGGUGAAUAACGGUUCGAUGAUCGUCACCUGCUAAUUUAUCCGGAGCAGUUUCAUGGCACGUAUCACUGUAAGCUCCAUUUGCGCAAGUGUGCAUCUGUAGGUUUUCUGUUGACCAGCAUUAAUAGAUUUUCUAGGUUGUUGGUUUGUGCAAGUGAUGAGGUAUACGAAAUGAAUGUGUUGUUGGUU